AUGGCCAAUGAACGUAUCCUCACCUUUCAUCAUGUGGAAGGUUCCACAACCGGCAACUUGUCUUUCAACCCUCAGGAGAAACUAGUCAACGUUCGUAACCAGGUGUAUAGCGCUGCCCAGGCCCACUUGACAGAACAGUGGGGAAAGGACAAAUCUGGUUCCAGACACCUUCACGGAAAUCCCCAAUCGGUCAUCAUCGUUACUGAUUACGUUGUGUUCAACGUGGACAAAUCAAAGGACGACAAAAAGAUUUCAGAGCUUUUCCAGCACGGUGGCAACAUGAUCGCAUUGGUACCUGCUCCAUGUAGUCAUGGUGAUGCUUUCCCAGCUGACAAGGUUGCGCAAACGCCAUUUGUACUGAAAAGUCCGUUACAUAAAAAGAUGGACAAUCUAAAGAACCAGCGACCUCCGAACCCACAGGCGGCUGACAACUCUCAGAUUCAAAGAAUUUUGGAAAUGUUUGAAGCACAAAAGAAAGAAUUUGAGGAAUAUAAGAAGGCUUCAGUUUCCGAGAAAAAAGAGCACAAGGCAACCGUGACAGAACUAAGUAACACAUUGCAGUGGAAGGACAAUAUACUCAAGGCUCAGCAAGAGCAGCGGGAUGAAGAGGUGAAGCAGUUUGAUGUCAAAUUGGAGCGGGCGCUCAAGGCCGAGCGAGAGCGGAUGGACAAUGCAAUUGUCAAAUUGGAGCGGGCGCUCAAGGCCGAGCGAGAGCGGUCUGACGUCAAAUCGGAGUGGAUGGACGAUGUACUGAAGAAAGAGCAACAGGAGCGAGUUUUUGAAAGGCAGCAAGUGCAGGAGAUGUUGCAUGGCAAGGUGGAUAACGAGAUAUUAGCCGCAUUGAGCAACAAAUUUGAGUGGCAUGAUGAUGCCAUCCAGGACCUCGAACAAUGGGCUGUCGGAAAAGUCUGGCCACAGAUGUAA